AUGGAUAAUUCGCGCUCACAAGUCAGCUAUACAGGAGCGGUAUCAUGCACUUCCACACAACAAUCCAAGUCCAAAGGACGAGUUUCGUCUUCAUCUUCGGCGAAAACACUUGAUGAGGUUGGUGAAGUCAUGCCAGAAAUGCAACUCUGCGAUGGAAAAUGUGGUCAAAUGGUGUUAGUAUCAAAAAUGACAAAACUAUCCUGUGCACAUAUUUUUUGUGAAGGUUGUGUUGAUGAAGGACGGAAGGAUCACGCUGAAUGUGCUGUAUCAGCAAGCAGGAAAAGGAGUCGCAGAACUAAACCAAAACACUUAAAAGACCGAAAAGUAAUAUUCGAAUACGAUUCUCAAAGAGCUGCGUUAUGGAUUCAACCAAACAUGACUUACGAGCAGAUCAUAGGUCUACUCAUACCGAUAUUUUCCUUACCAGAUGACUACAAAAUCACUUUGACCUACUUAGCGGAAGAAUCCUUAACUGAAAAAGCUGAUUUGACUUCAACACAUCUCAAAAGGCGCCAUACUACCGGUCUUCUCCCAACAUCAGGCGUUGUUCUGGUAACGGCAACACCCUAA